AUAAUUGCAGAUACUGAGUUUGUUACUAGCGUCAGGGAUGUGUAGCGCGGUGCUGAUAGGGCACAAUGGUGGGCACGGUAAUUUUUAUCCUGACUACUCUGGCUACGAAGGAGUAAGCAACGAUUACGAAGGACAUCACGUUCUACCGACAGUUUCAGUCCCAAUUCACGCCGUUUCAGCAGCUCCGUACCACACCGUCAAUCAUCACGAUAUUCAUCACCACGAUCUCCACCCACACCACGCUCCUAUUGAGCAUCACGCUCCUAUUGAGCAUCACGCUCCUGUUGAGCAUCACGAUCAUAGCGAAGAUCAUGACUACUAUUCACACCCAAAAUAUACUUUCAACUACGGAGUACAUGAUCCACAUACCGGAGACGUUAAAACGCAACAUGAAAUACGUGACGGCGAUGUUGUACACGGGUCUUACAGCGUUAAUGAGCCCGAUGGUAGUGUAAGGAUCGUCGAGUACACAGCGGAUGAUCACAACGGUUUCAACGCUGUUGUUAAGAAAGUUGAGCCUUCUUUGCACCCGGCACCUCAUCAUCAUACUGUCGCUCAUCAUCAUCCAGCUCCUGCGCCAGUUCAUGUCGGGAAAUACGUGUCCGCGAGUCCCGAUUACUACGGCUAUGAAUUUGAUAAACAUCACUUAAUAUGA